AUGUCGAAAAGCAAAACAGCGCAUCCGAAAAUCGACAGCGAUCGUGUAGAAAUUAAGUCAAAGUUCGAUGCUGAAUUUCGACGAUGGUCAGUAAAACGUUCCGAACAACAUUCCUUCGAAGAGUUCCAGUCAUUAAUCGAACGACUGCACAAGCUCGACCGCUCCCAGCUACUCGUUUCCUACAUCGAUCCGCGGGAUAACGAUUUGCUACCGAUCAACAAUGACGACAACUUUGGAAGGGCUUUGACGACGGCGCGACCCCUGCUGCGCGUAAUCAUACAGAAGAAAGGUGACAGUAUUGAAGAGCGAACGGGAUAUGGUACGAUUCGACCCAGAAAUCUCAUCAGCAGCAUUCUGGGACAAACACCGGUGAAGCCGAAAGCUUUGGCGAUAUCAAAUCCGCACGAUUUUAGACAGGUAUCCGCUAUCAUCGAUGUCGAUAUUGUGCCCGAAACAUGCCGACGAGUACGUCUGCUGAAACAUGGCAGUGAAAAACCUUUAGGAUUCUACAUUCGUGAUGGUACAUCAGUGCGAGUUACCGCUAAAGGGCUAGAAAAGCUACCUGGCAUCUUCAUUUCUCGUCUCGUGCCUGGCGGAUUAGCUGAAAGUACCGGUCUGUUGGCGGUCAAUGAUGAGGUGCUGGAGGUAAACGGUAUAGAGGUGCUAGGCAAAACGCUGGAUCAAGUGACGGACAUGAUGGUGGCCAACAGCUCUAAUCUUAUCAUCACUGUAAAACCCGCCAACCAGCGAACCCUUGCACCGCCCCGGCGCGGAUCAUUUUCACGCAAUAGUCAGCUUUCUGGUGGGUCGCACCAGUCGCACCAUACGACGGGUUCGGACGAAAAUGAUCAAGACGAUCAGGAUGAGGUAGUGGACCUAAUCGAAGCGGUCACGCUAGAGGAGAGCAAUCUCAUCUCCCAAAAAGAUGGUGUGCUGCAUUUGUAG